AUGCAAAGAGACACGAAUGCUGAAAUUGAAAAAAUUUCAAACAAUAUUCAUCAAUUGGCAGGAAAACAACAAGUAGAUAGUGUCUACUUGCUGCGACUAGAAAAUGCAUCGCUGCUAAACAUACCCCAACCAGAACGGUCAGACGUAAAGAAUUCUUCCAAGAAAUCUUUAAAUUUUUGGCAAGAAGAGAGAAAAGACUUAGUAGAAUCAGUAGAAUCAAAGGAAAAGCAGAAUUCUGUUGUUCCUCAAUCAUUACCAGAUUUUGUACGUUUUGUAUGCAACGUCAUUCAAUGCUGCAAGUCAUAUUCCUCACUUGGUUCUUUUAAAUUAAUACGAGUUACUUAUGAAGCAUCUCAAUUACUUAUUAUUCACGACUCUACUUAUGCUAUUGCCGUCAUAAAAUCAGAACCGGACAAGUGA